UCUUCUUUCGGCUCCUUCCCGAUUCUCAUUUUCCAUUCAUAUCCCUCCAACCUCCCUCCACUUCUUCACAGCUCUCCCUCUUUUCUAUGUCGCUGCUUUUGGUUGCUGGAUCUUUCAAUGGCUAUUUCAGGUGCUCAUUAAAUAUGAUGCCAGAUAAGGAGAAAGAGAAUGGCAAUGCAGAUCUUUUACUGUCUGUUUGAUAAAUUAUUGCACAGUUGUGAAUUUUGACGGCAUUGAAAUCAAUUAUAACUUCCUUGCGAAGGCGUAACCAGCUUACCGAUAGUUUUCUUCGGUUAAGUUGGUACCCUCUUUACAAGAUGCCAUAUUAUAUACAGAGACUUUAUAAUACUUGCAAGGCAUCAUUUUCCCCGAAUGGACCAGUCUCAGAAGAAGCACUCAAGAAAGUCCGUGCUAAGUUAGACAAAAUCAAGCCUUCCGACGUAGGUCUCGAACAGGAAGCACAGCUGGUACGCAGUUGGUCAGCUUCUGCAAAUGAGCAUAAUGGAAGCCACCAAUCAAUGCCACCUAUUAAAUACUUGCAUUUACAUGAGUGCGACAGCUUCUCUAUAGGAAUCUUCUGCAUGCCACCUUCCUCUAUCAUACCUCUUCAUAAUCAUCCUGGAAUGAUUGUGUUGAGCAAGCUUGUUUAUGGCACCCUACAUGUUAACUCAUAUGACUGGCUUGAUUUACCUGGGCCUGCUGAUCCUUUGCAAGCAAGACCUGCAAAACUCAAUAAAGAUGUCGAGAUGGCAGCACCUUCCCCAACAACAAUUCUUUAUCCCAGAAGUGGGGGCAAUAUCCAUAGUUUUCGAGCCCUAACUCCCUGUGCUAUAUUUGACAUCCUUUCUCCACCAUACUCUUCAGAACAUGACCGAAACUGCACUUAUUUCCGAAAGUCUCUAAGAAGGGAUCUACUGGGUGAUUUUCAGUUGAAUGGAGGUAUGGUUUCUGGUGUGACUUGGUUGGAAGAAUUCCAACCUCCUGACAACUUUGUCAUACGCAGAGGGGAGUACAAGGGUCCUGUUAUUAGAACGUGAUACUUUUUGUUUUGGCAUACCAUGCAUUUGAUUAUCCUUACUCUUGGUAGUAUGAUAUUGAGGGAAUCCUGGUAUACGAGUUGUCAAUAGCCAUUGCACUAAGUUAUGUUUUGAUUAUAUUGUUAGGCAUUUGGUUUGUAGAUAUUACACAAAUAUAGUCUUCGUUUUGGUGACCUUGCCUUUUAACUAGUAGAUUUCUUUCUAGAGAUGAAA